AUGUCCGCCUUCGUUACUCCCCUGGCCGUGCCCCUGGCCUCCUCCGCCCGCCUCUCCAUGGUCAGCCCCUUGUCGGGGUCGCUCCGCUCUUUUGCUCGCUCAGCCCGCACUGUAUGCAUCGCCCCUGCCUCACUGGCGCCUAAGCUCACCAUGGAGAUGGAGAUGCAGGACGGUCCCAUGGAUGAGCCCCCUGCCCUUGAGGAAACCAAGCUCUUCGUAGGAAACCUGUCCUGGGACACCACCGAUGAGUCUUUGGGUGCCGCUUUCUCCAGCUACGGCACCGUCGUCGACUCUCGCGUGGUCAUCGAUCGCUUCACGCGUAAGUCUCGUGGGUUUGGAUUUAUCCAGUAUGAAACUGCGGCUUCGGCCGAAGAUGCCCUUGUUGGCAUGAAUGGUGUGUCUGUUGAUGGAAGGAAUGUGCGUGUCGAUCGUGCCAACCGCCGCCCUCCCAGACAGCGUCGCCCUCAGAGUGACUAUGACAACAGCAAUAACAACUAUUAUUAG